CGGAGGUGCCCUGGCGGAGGCUGGUGUGCCCCUGCUCGGGUGAUCUGGCGCAGACCCCAGGGGGUGCUUGGCGCUCAGCGGGCUCCUCCCCGUUUGCUGCGGCCUCGGAGCUCGGCGGAAUCGUGUGGCCUCCCGCAGAAUGUGGAUGACGCCCAAGAGGAUCAGAAUGGAAGUCGACGAGGCUCUCGUGUUCCGGCCCGAGUGGACCCAGCGUUACUUGGUGGUGGAGCCUGCGGAGGGCGACGGGGCCCUGUGCCUGGUGUGUCGCCGCCUGGUCGCCUCGACCCGGGAACGCGACGUGAGGCGCCACUACGAGGCCGAACACGAAUUCUACGAACGGUUCGUAGGGGACGAGGAGCGCGCGGCCCUGGUGGAGCGGCUGCGUCAGGGCGACAUGUCCCUGGCGGCCGUGCUCACUCCGGAGGAGAGAGCGACGCGGGCAGGCCUCGGCCUCUGUCGCUUCUUGGCCUUGAAGGGUCGCGGUUGGGGUGAGGGAGACUUCGUACACCAGUGCAUGGAGGUGUUGCUGAGGGAGGUGCUGCCGGAUCACGUCGGCGUCCUGGAAGGCAUUGAUUUAUCGCCGGAGAUAACGCGGCAGAGGAUUCUGAGCAUUGACAGCAAUCUCCGCAGCCAGCUCUUUAACCGAGCCAGGGACUUCAAGGCCUAUUCCCUCGCUUUGGAUGACCAGGCUUUUGUGGCCUAUGAGAACUACCUCCUGGUCUUCAUCCGUGGCGUCGGCCGCGACCUGGAGGUUCAGGAAGAUCUUCUGACGAUUGUCAACCUGACUCAUCACUUCAGUGUCGGGGCCCUCAUGUCGGCAAUUCUGGAGGCCCUGCAGACAGCAGGACUCAGCUUACAGCGAAUGGUUGGACUGACCACGACCCACACUCUGAGGAUGAUCGGCGAGAACUCGGGACUGGUCUCCUACAUGAGAGAAAAGGCCGUGAGCCCCAACUGUUGGAACGUUAUCCACUAUUCGGGAUUUCUGCACUUGGAACUGCUGAGUUCUUACGAUGUUGAUAUUAAUCAGAUCAUAAAUACCAUAUCUGAGUGGGUAGUUAUGAUUAAGACCCGAGGUGUUAGACGACCAGAGUUCCAGCCUUUACUAACAGAGUCUGAAUCCGAGCACGGCGAAAGGGUUAAUGGACGGUGUUUGAACAACUGGCUGAGAAGAGGCAAGACAUUAAAACUAAUAUUUUCCCUAAGAAAAGAAAUAGAGGCUUUCUUGGUUUCGGUGGGGGCCACAACAGUCCACUUCUCAGACAAGCAAUGGCUCUGUGAUUUUGGCUUCUUGGUAGAUAUUAUGGAUUAUCUUCGAGAGAUCAGUGAAGAACUGCAGAUCAGUAAGGUCUUUGCCGCCGCCGCCUUUGAACGAAUCUGUACCUUUGAGGGUAAGCUGAGUUCACUUCAGAGACAUAUGGAGGAAGUCAAUCUAGCAGACUUUCCUGCCUUCAGCAUAAUCGUUGAUGAACUUAAACAGCAGUUUAAGGAAGAUCAGAAAAUAUUUGAUCCUGACAGGUAUCAGAUGGUGAUCUCCCGCCUACAGAAAGAUUUUGAGAGACAUUUUAAGGACCUCAGGUUCAUUAAAAAGGACUUAGAACUCUUUGCAAACCCGUUUAGCUUUAAGCCUGAAUAUGCGCCUAUUUCAGUGCGAGUGGAGCUGACGAAACUGCAGGCGAACACUGACCUGUGGAAUGAAUACAGAGUCAAAGACUUGGGACAGUUUUAUGCUGGAUUGUCUGGUGAAGCUUACCCCAUUAUCAAAGGGGUUGCCUAUAAGGUGGCAUCCUUGUUUGACAGUAACCAAAUCUGUGAUAAGGCCUUUUCAUAUUUAACUCGAAACCAACACACACUGAGCCAGCCACUGACCGACGAGCAUCUCCAAGCACUAUUUCGAGUUGCCACAACCGAAAUGGAUCCUCGUUGGGAUGAUCUUGUGAGAGAAAGAAAUGAUUCAUAAGCCUUUGCAGUGCAACAGUUCAACUUGGAAAGGAAAAAUUAGUUUGAUUUUUCUUUCACAUUUACUAAUUUGGAUUGUUGGAAAGCAUUGAGCUUAUUACAAGAUGUCCAAAUUGAUAAACAUUGAAUUCUUUCUGACACGUUGCCUUUUAAAACCCCAUUACAUUUGGCAACAUGGGACUGAAACAUAAGAAUACACCUUCCAAAAACUUAGUUCGAUGGAAAUGUCAUUGCCUUUUACGUUUAUGUUAUAACUGCUUUUCAACACGUUUAGUAUUGAUAUUCUAAGUUGAACUAGAAGUCUGGUUUUAAGAUGUUCUGGAGAUAUUUGCCAAAAGUUUCAGCUCUUAUUUUGACACGGUGUAAAAAGUGUGAUCCUGGUUUGAAAUGACCAACUCCUUCAAAGUGUAUCUGUGUCAGUUUACAGAAACUCAUAACAAAUUAAGUUUCUGAAAAGGAGCCUAUACACAGUGGAGGUAUUUGUCUAGCUAACAGAUUUUAAGGUUAUUUUUGGAAGCAUAUUUCUGAGCCUGAAGUAAGUAGCUGGCAGUUUCCGCCCCCACCCCCACAUACCCAGUUCAUGGCAUGGUGACAUUACAGAUGGAGGAAGUCAUCAAAAUUUGGCUGGAGCAGCAAGAAUUAUCUUUAAAUUUUGAUUUAUGAGGCCUCUUACUAUCAGGAAUUAAGAAUAAACGAUUAUUGGAGGUUUGCUCCUUAUUUCACAACUAGGGACAAUUUUUUCAGCUCGUCUCUGAAAGGAACAUGGCGUCAACCCUAGGAGAAAAUGGCAUGCUAUUUAGUAGUUACUUUGCUUUACAGAUGAUUUCUGGCUCUUCUGGAAUUUCAAAGUAAGUAAACGUGUCUAUGAGAAGGUUGCCUGAGCCAUCCUGGCUACUAGAUCCUCAGCUCAUUGAUUUUCUUAUGUGUGGAAUACCCACAUCAUCUCCCCAAGGAGAAAACCCCCAGAUGAGGUCCAGGAAACAUGUACUUUUUGAUUUGCUGUAUUUCCUUGCUUUCUUGUUUCAUGCCCCUGUUAAGUUUAAAAUCAGUCUUGUGUUGGAAAGCCAGACCCUGAGUCUCUUUCAUUAAGCCAUUUUGCCCAGUUUAAGAGAUGAGCUAGCAUCAUUCUCUUAACUAGUCACAUUAAUUAAUUAAUUCACUCUGAGGUCUUGGUAGUAGGUACAAUAAUUAUCCAGAGAUUUGAUCCUUGUUGCAAAACUAGGUUUUCAUCAAUCUUUGGGUUCAAGAGUUUCUCAUUUUUAGUUUGUAUUUGAAAAAUUGUCUCAUUCUACACUGUAAGUACUUUAUAAUCUAUAAUUUCUGUCUUGAAACUGACCAAAUGCUGAGUUCAUGUCCUACACAUUUUGUCAUAUGCAGGCAACAGCCACCGCAAGGUAAUUUUUUCUUCUUUAAAUAAAGGGUAGAUGUCCUGUCUCCCAAUUCAUCUGAAGGGGGCACUUUUGCCUCUCCUUAGUAUAAAUUACCCUUGUGUAAUUAUUUUUCUAUCUUCUGGUAGCAAUCUUCCCGAAUGCCUCCCAGCUAAUCGCUAAGCAGCAUGUUUAGUAUUUUAGUUCUGCAUCAGGAUUGGUAAGGUUGCCAUGAGGUGAAUAACUACAAAAGUUAAUGCUGCUUGUCUGCAGCAGGUUGUCGAGGGCUUCAUGUAGGUGAGGGACUAAAGCCUGCAGGCCAAGUCUGUCUGGGCUCAUCCUCUAAGGCAGUGUUAUGAGGGCGCAGCCGUGUCUGCCCUGAACCAUCAGGGCUGCUCUCUCUGCAGUUGCAGAUCUGAGUGCUGACACAGUGUGUGUGCAGCACAGACUAAAGUACAUUAUGGAAAAGUUUGCUAAGUUUUGCUUAAAAUGCCUCUGUCUUGCGGCUCAGGACAAAGCAGAUUCAUUAGGAGCUGCCUGCUCACUUUGGGGAAUGAGAAGAGAAAGUUUGACAGAUAGCAGAGGCUCCAAAGCCCACAGCCACACCAGAGCUCAAGGAGAAGUACAAUCCCUCCACAGAGCUGGGAGGAAAAUGAACUAUUUGGAAGAUAACACUAGUGAUUUUUGUGGUUCUAGUCCCCUAGUUACAUCAUUAUAAAUAUGUCUGUUUUUUCAUUGAGAUCAAAGUUUACAAAUACUCAGUGUCCAUCUCAGUGGAUUUUCUAUUCACCUGUGAAUGCACCAUUCAGAUCCAAGUAGGAAAUCGUCACUCCCGUCGGUGCCCUUUGCCUUUCACAGAGAGUUGCUGGGCUGACCUUUAUUGCCUGUCAAUCAGUUUUGCCUGUUUGAAAUCUAUAUCAAUGUAAUUAUAUACACUGUAUAUCUUCUGUUCUCUCUAUGUCUGCUAGAGUAAUCCAUGGUGUGGGUUGUAACAGCUCAUUUUUCAUUUCUGUGUUCAUGUCCAUUUGUUGUACCAGUUUCUCCAUUCAGUGUUGAUGAAUAUUUGGAUUGUUUCCAGUUUGUGGUCAUUAUUAAUAAAAUUGCUAUUAAAAGC